AUGUCCACAAAAGAAACGGACUCGAAGACUUUGGUUGGAUUCUCGUUUGCGAGCGGUCGCAGUUUGCCCGCUCUCUCAGCUAAAGAUCUUCAAGCGGCGCGCGCUCUUUUAGAUCAAGACGACCCGGUCAUAAAUGACGCGAUCUUGCCGUCUGAAUUACGAGUGAACGGAAGACCAAAACCAAUUCUCUCGGAUUUUGCUUCUACAGAAAUAAAUCACAAACACUUGGACUCGAGACCUGGAAACACGUCAAAGACAGUCGUCAAAUGCGGCUUCUCUUGUGCGAGCGGUCGCAGCUUACCUGCACCUUCGACAGAGGCGUUGGAGAAGGCUUAUAACCUUGUAAAUAACCAAUCUUUUGCAAUUGCGAAAGAUAUGAUUGAUGACAAGAAUAUGGGGGAUAGAAUUCGCGCAAGAAAGAGGAGCUUUAUCGAUGCGAAUAUGCAAGAGAUAAACACAAAAACACCAUCGAUGAAGCGUAUUACCACAAAGAUAGUCAACACCGAAGACUAUCCUCAACGUACACACCCAAAGAAUGUUGGUGGCAACUCUUAUGUCUGUCAAAGUAGGAAAUCACUCGACCGAUUGCAUCCGUGUUCGCUACAAACCGCAAGUAAACUUUUGCCCAAAACCUUUGCUCCCCCAUCCGAGGCUAAACGAAAACUAUCGCUUUUUAAUCUUAAUUCAUUACCUCAACCACGUGUCAAGCUCAAAGACUUUGUCAAAACUCUUCCAUUGUCAUUCAGUGAAAAUGAACUGUGCAACCUCGGACUAUUGCAAGAAAUUAUCAAUAUGACACCCUCCAGUUCGUCCUGUUUCCAAUUUACUAUGUCAGAAAUUGAUCCAUCUCUUCCACACGAAAAGAGAACAUGGGGUGCAAGAGAGUUAUUAGCUGAACUGAUUCGGCUUGGUGCGGAACCAGGUUCGAUUGAUGAACGUUGGGUGAAGAACCAUUAUCGUUGGAUAGUCUGGAAGAUAGCGAGCAUGAUUCGAUGCUUUCCAAAUGAAUUUCAAAAUUGGUGGUGUAUCGAGAAGGUGCUGGAACAAUUACGAUAUAGAUACGAGCGCGAAUACAAUCUUGCGCAAAGAUCGAUACUCAAACGUAUCAUAGAGCGAGAUUCUCCAGCUACUUAUCCAAUGGUUUUAUGCAUAUCCGACAUUUUUAUAGAAGAUUCAGCUAUAAUAGAUACAACCCCGGAUGUUUACUACGGCAUAGAGUUGACUGAUUGUUGGUAUAAAAUCCGAGCAUAUAUUGACCAACCUUUACAACGAGCCAUUUUGAAAUCUAAAUUGCGAAUUGGCAGUAAAUUGGAAAUUUGUGGCGCGAAACUAAUAGGAGAGUCGGAGGCUGUACCGGCUUUGGAGGUGCCAUCUUCGCUGCGUCUGAAGCUCUCGGCUAAUGCAACGAGGCUCGCUAGAUGGGAUGCUAGAUUGGGAUCCAAAAAUUUGCAAGCAUAUUCGCUAUUGCGUAGUAUAUCUCCUGACGGCGGUUUCGUGCCUGCCAUCGAUGUGAUUAUAAUACGCAAAUAUCCGAUGCUAUAUAGAGAAAUAACCGCCGAUGGGAAUGUGGUUGUUAGAAAUGCAAAAGAAGAAGAAGAAGCAAGGCGAAAGCAUGAGGAAGCAAAUGCUUUAUUUGUACAAAAAAUAAUUGACGGCUACAAGGACGAGCAAUCAAAAUCAGGACAGUACCGAACGGUCGGCGAUAACAUGCGCAGAAGGUUAUCUCUGAAAGAUAUAAAAGAUGAAAGCACAGUCGAAGAGUUGUACGAAAUUAUGCAAUCGGGUAUAGAAAUGACAAAUAUCGUUGAAUAUCUGUCUGGAGAACGGCGGAAACUAUUUGAUGAUUUCGUACGAGUUAAAGAACAAGAAAGAAUGGACCAUUUACAAGAUAGAAUCAGCAAAAGUUUGGAGGAAGCUAAUAAAUCCCGGUCAGUGACGCCUUUCUUCAAAGUUCGCAUAUGCGACUAUCAAAUGUCAAAGAAGGAAGCUCGAGAGGCUACUUUAACAAUAUGGCAGCCUGAUGAAUUACUUUAUGACACUAUUAAAGAAGGUAACCGAUAUAAGGUGUAUUCUGUUACAACAGCCAAUCAUCAGAGCUAUCCAUUAGACCAUCAUGCCCUUCUCAGGUUAUCUUCUACAGGACGCUCCACAAGAUGGAUGGAAGCUCCUAUUGAUCCAAACAUGUUGCAAAGUUCUCGUUACAUUCCGCGCUGUAUAAUGUUGUGUGACAACUUGUGGGGUCUAAAUCAAAAAGAUGAGCUAGAUUUAGUAGUCCUAAUACUUGUAAUCCUCAACGAAACUGUGAGUGAACGUGAUAGCACGGCGUGUACGCGAAUACGUAAGAUCAUGGUCGUAGAUAAGAGCAAGCAGAUGGCGCUAAUCGAAAUACGUGGUGAUCGGUACAAUGUCCUUCUAGAAAAAAGCAUCGUUGCAAUAAAGAAUCUACAAUAUUGCGCUUACGACGCGAAGUAUAAUGUUCAUUUCUUCACGACCACAGUUGAGACAGAAUUUAAAACAAAACCUUCAGAGGCUUACCUUCAAUACGCUAUAUCUGAGUUGAAGCAAUGGCUUGAGUGCAAUAUCUCAAUCGCAUCAACUUUAGAACUGACUGCGUCAAGAAUUUGCAGAGAAUGUUGA